GGUGAACUUGGCCUUCAUUCCUCUGCCACCCAUCGGGCGGUGCUGUUGGCAUAUCGCCAGCGAGCACUUCAGACGCACCCGGAUAAAGGCGGUUCACAUGAUGCCUACGUCAAAGUGAGACAGGCUUUCGAGGUCUUGAGCGAUCCGCGCAGCCGCGCGGAAUACGAUGCGGAGCUACGAUGCCGUGGAGUGGAUGCAGAUCUCACGAGCGCUUCACCCCGAAGCUCUACGGGCUCAGGACCUGCUGCUGCCAGCCGCAGCAGCCGCACCUCCAAUGAGCCCUUGGCACUGACUGGGGACACUCCAUGGCAACUUGCUGCCAGGACCCUUGUCUCCAUGUUAGACUUGCCGGAGACCACCUGGGCUUCUGCCCUGGAACAGCACAGCAUGGAGGUCUUAGAGUGCUGCAAACGACAGCUGCAACGAAGCAGGGAAGCUCCGAACUUGCGUGGACAGGCUGCGCAAGAGUCCAAUACGAUGGCGGGUGAAGGGCCAGCCAUACGAGGCCUUUAUCAAACCAAACGAGGCACUUGGGAGAUCAGUCUCUCGAUCCAGCGUGUCCAAUGCGCCAUUUUCAACGUGGCGGACAUCGCUCGGGCGCAUGACUGGCACAUUGCCUUAGUGGAACUGAGACAGAAGGUGGAUGAAAAGAUGAAGCGCGGCAAGACGGACCGCGAAGCCUUUCGAGAAUCCAUCCACGAAGCCUACGAUGCGGAUCCUGAGCUGCGCCUGGUCUUGGGCUUCCGGGUCUCCAUUCGCGAGGCACGAAAGGUCAUCAAUGGCCCCUUCACCUAUCGUUUGGAGACAGCUUUGCAAUUGCGCAACCGCGUGCAACAGCUCCGGGACAUGGGCGGUGCGACCUAUGACAUUGACAAAGAGAUCCGGGAUGCGAAAGCUUAUGAGAAGAAGCAGCGGGACUUGCAGAGAGCGAGACAGGCUGCGAUGCUCCAAGAAGUAUCCACUGCCCUGGAGCAUCUCAGACGCGAGGAGCGCAAAAACAAGAUGUUGGUGCCUUUGGCCCUACCAGCACCUGAGCCCUGCGAAGCCGUGCCAGUGGCGGAUGCACCAGGCAGCGCCGCAGCGCCUUCAGCGCCAGAGCCAUCAGGGGAUGUGCGUGAGGUCGACAUGGAAUAUGCAGUGCCGAUGAAGGGUUUCUUGAGGUUCUGCCGUGGCAUGUCACUCUCCAAGCCACAACGCAAUGACCUCCUGAAGCGCGUCCAGGAUGACAUCGAUGUCCAACGCGUCAUCCGGGAGGCCAUCGUGCGGCAUUGUGGUGAUCUACGUGGAGCACCACAGCUCUCUAUCCAGGAUGGCAAAGCGCCCAAAUCCAAGCGAAAGAGCAAAGGCUCCAAUGCGUUGGUUCCCGUUGAGCCAAAGAAAGCUCGACAGGGGCGAAAGGAUUCGGGGCAGAGCUUUGAACUGUUGAACUAUCGGCCUCCGCCAGGUUCGCGGAAGAAAGGAUUGGUGGAACUCUUGCUCGAAAAGCAUGAGGGGAAGUUCUACCCUGGACUUUUGACCUUGUGUGAACUGGUCCGGGUGACCACCACCUCUCGUCGCAUCUACAGCCAUUCCGCUGCCGCCACCAAGCGCCAAUUCACCAAUUUUUGCCUGGCAGAUUUUGGACGCCACACCAUGCGCUCCAAGCGGGGUCGGGCUUUGCCGAAUGCCGGGCAUCAGCUUAGGAUGCUACAGGAGUGCCUGCGAACUAGGCGUUUCGCGCUGCACGUGAAACAUUUGGACCUGUCGUCGCUGGAAAUGGCAUCAAUCAGCAAAGAGGAGUUCCAAUACAUGCUGGGCUGUUUGCCCAACCUGGCCUCCGUUGUGUUGCCUAGUCGAGGCUGGGCAGGGACCCUGCAGUUGAGAACCUUUGUGAACAUCGCGAAGCAACUCAAGGUCAGCAUUGGUGCAUCGGCCCAUGCUGAUAUCAUCCUGCGGGGUGCGGCUAGCAGGACUCCUUUGCCGGAUGAGGGCGAUGCGCACACGGCACCAGGCCCACCAGGCCCACCAGGACCACCAGGACCACCAGGCAGACGUUCACGGACACCGGACCGCAGGGGACAGAAACGCCGAAACGAGGCUCCGUUGGCACUUCCAGCGCCGCCAAAAGUUUCAAGACGGUCGAAGGAGCCACGCUUCACGGCCGCCGCGGUCUAUCAGCCGCCCACCUUUGGCCAUUCUCCACCAGACAUCCCCGAAACGCCUGAGGCGCCCCCAGCACUGCAGGCCCUGCAGGCCCUGCAGGCCCUGCGGGGUGGUCUCCGCCGCCCCGGUCCUGCCACGCGGAGACUAACGCUGUGCGGGGUUAAGAAUGUGGAACUGAUGCGGGGUUAGGCGCGUGUCCCCCCCGGCGCGGGUCCUUAGCAAUUUUGGCUGGUGGCCCCACUUAGUAAAUGGAUG